AGGUCUUAUGAUGAUUUAUCAUCAUAAACAUCCAAGCAAGGCAAGCUUCAGAAAGAGAAUUUAAAUAUGCCAGCAUACUAAUGCAGCAUAGACCUAUGUAGGCCAAAUUGUUUGAGACUCAUGGUGUUGGUUGGCAAGGAUGGUGAUUUCACCCAUGAGUGUGCUUCAGUCAUUGGGUUCAUCUUGAGGCUUGAGUGAAAAUGGUGAACUUGAAGUUAGACCUUCUUCCCAAGACUAAGAAGGAGUUUGCCCAUGAGGGCUAUUGGGAUACUUUCUUCAAGAACCUGAAAAAGAAAGGAAGACAAUCAUUUGAAUGGUAUGGCGAGUAUCCAGAGUUAGCAGUCAUCUUAAACAAAUAUAUUAAACUUAAGGACAACAUCCUCAUUGCUGGCUGUGGCAAUUCAUCCCUCAGUGCUGAACUAUAUGAUGUUGGAUACAGGAAUGUCACCAAUGUGGACAUUAGCCAAGUUGUUAUCAAACAGAUGCAAGACAAGAACAAAAGUCUUCGUCCUGAAAUGAAGUUCAUUCGAAUGGACCUCAUGGAGAUGGAUUUUGAUGAAAAUACUUUCAAUGUGGUCAUUGACAAGGGCACAUUAGAUGCCAUCAUGGCAGACAGUUCAGAUGAAAUUCGUGAACGAGCUGAAAGGUACCUAUGUCACAUUUGCAGAGUGAUGCGAGUUGGUGGAAGGUACAUGUGCAUCUCAUUGCUCCAAGAGCACAUUCUUGUUUUCCUCUGCAACUACUUUUUCCGAGAAGGUUGGAUGAUCAGAAUCUCUCGUUGUAUGGCAGGGUGCACUCCUCCCAACAGCCCCAUGAAAACUGCAACAUUCCCUGUGUUUGCUGUGAUUGCUACAAAGUUCAAGAAGAUACCUGGAUUUUCUCCAAAUGACUUCAAUUCCAAAAUCCUCAGAAUAAACAUGUACAUGCUGAGGAGUCUCCUAUAUGCCUUCUGUACAGUAGAGAGUGAAAACAAAGUGAAGUGUAGCUGUCUUUCCUUUGAGGUGCUGGAGGUGUGCCUGCAAAACCCAGAUGGAAAGGUCGAAAGGGUUUGUGCAAUCAGUGACAUGAUUCAGGAAGUGAAGGGUGUUCAGCAGUGUGCCAUGAUGCGCCACCACGUAGUUACGAAGAAUGUUGCAGGAGAAGAUAUCUCAUUAGAACUCUAUGAGACAGAUUCAGAGAGACCUCGCUACACUCUCCAUAUUGUUGAUUUGGACAAGAGAACUGUCAAUCGGUUUGCCAUCUUCAUUGUGCCUAUGGGAAAGGAGAAUGAGUACUUAUUUGCCACUCCUGAAGGAAGACACCAAUUGGCUGAAGAUUCUGGUUAUGAUCGGUUGAUUGUUGUCCACCUCAAACCUGAUCAAUUCUAUGAGAGUUUGGAAACAAUUAAAGAUGAGUUGUCAGGCAAAGUCAUGGAACUGGCCCCAGCAGAUCUCAGACGUGAUGCCAGAGUCAACUACUUGUCUACAGGUGAGCCUGUCAGUGGGAGAAGAAGACAUGAAGGAAAAAGUGCCUUUGCUGGACAGUAUGUUGUUUCAGAAGUAGAUUCUUUGGAAGAUAAGGCCAAGUAUAGAAGGCUUACAUUUCUUGCCAACCCAGCUGUGAUCCAGACUGAAGUUCGUCUUCUGCCUUACAGAUCCAAUGGAAAGGAUGGGAGUGGAGCAGUCUCAUAUUUUGUGGAUUAUUCACAUUUGUCCUGCCAGCAUCAUGUGUGUAUGACUGCUGGCCUGGCGUUUCUGGACUUCUUUUCAUCUCUAGCCGAAAGUUCCGAGCCAAUACGGGUCCUCAUUGUAGGACUGGGAGGAGGAGCUCUUCCUAUGUUCCUAAACAAGUACUUUCCAAUGCUUGACAUUGAGGUGCUGGAAAUAGAUGAUGAAAUCAGGGAAGUAGCUACAAAAUGGUUUGGAUUCACUCGAGGUCCAAGGUUACGUGUCAUCAUUGGUGAUGGAGUCGAGUACAUCAUGAAAAAGUCUGCAGAAGGGAAAACCACGUAUGAUGCUGUCAUGUUUGAUGUGGACUCAAAGGAUCCCUCUCUGGGUAUCAGCUGUCCUCCCAAAGUUUUUGUCGAACCCAACAUGUUGGUGGCUGUUAGAAAGCUUCUUGCUCCAAAUGGGUUAUUCAUCUUGAAUUUUGCAUGCCGCAACAAGCAACUGCAUGCCUCCAUCAUCUCCCAGAUGGUCACAUUUUUCCCAACGAUGCUCUCUUGGAAGAUCAAGGAUGAGGUGAAUGAGAUCAUCUACUGUCUCAACUAUAAGUGCGACUCCUCUGACUCCGGGAAGCGAGAGCUGAUGAAACGAGUCAGUACCAGCAUCCUGCACAUCAAUUCCCUCGUGAAACCCCUGCUGGGUAAAUGGGAGAAAAAG